GCUUAGCCGCCAGGUAGAAAGGGCAAUUCGUUUCGCUCUUAUCCUCCUCGUUUCAUUAUUUCGCCGCCGUCCGCCGUCGACCCGCCGCGCCGCCGCCGUCGAGUCGUGCCGGCGAGGCGAAGGGAAGGGAAGCGGGGAGGGGAGGAGCGGAAGCCAUGGCGACCGCUUCAGUGACUUUCAAGUCCCGGGAGGAUCACCGGAAGCAGCUCGAGCUCGAGGAGGCACGUAAGGCGGGGCUCGCGCCUGCUGAGGUCGACGAGGAUGGGAACGAGAUCAAUCCCCACAUCCCCCAGUACAUGUCCUCGGCACCUUGGUAUCUUAAUGCUGAGAAGCCGAGUUUGAAGCAUCAGCGGAAAUGGAAGUCAGAUCCGAACUACACCAAGGCGUGGUAUGAUAGGGGUACCAAGCUUUUCCAGGCCAAUAAGUACAGGAAAGGUGCUUGUGAGAACUGUGGAGCCAUGACUCAUGACAAGAAGUCAUGCAUGGAGCGGCCUCGAAGUGUGGGUGCUAAAUGGACAAAUGUCGACAUAGCUCCUGACGAGAAAGUCGAGUCUUUUGAGCUGGACUAUGAUGGAAAGCGUGAUCGCUGGAAUGGUUAUGAUCCAUCAACCUACACUCGUGUUAUUGCUGACUAUGAAGCUAGAGAAGAGGCUAGAAAAAAGUAUCUGAAAGAGCAGCAGCUCAAAAAACUUGAGGAGAAGGAUAGUGAGAAGGAUGGUGAGAAUGCAGGAAGUGAAGAUGAUGAAGAAGAUGGCCUCAGGAUAGAUGAGGCCAAAGUUGAUGAGAGUGCCCAGAUGGAUUUUGCUAAGGUAGAGAAGCGUGUGCGCACAACUGGUGGUGGAAGCACCGGUACUGUUAGGAACUUGCGUAUCAGAGAAGACACAGCAAAAUAUCUUCUGAAUCUUGAUGUCAACUCUGCAUAUUAUGAUCCAAAAACACGCUCCAUGAGAGAAGAUCCCUUGCCAGAUGCAGAUCCGAAUGAUAAGUUCUAUGUGGGUGACAACCAAAAUCGACUUAGUGGACAAGCUCUGGAGUUCAAGCAACUAAACAUCCAUGCGUGGGAAGCUUUUGAUAAGGGGCAGGAUAUCCAUAUGCAAGCAGCCCCAUCUCAAGCAGAACUACUGUACAAGAGUUUCAAGGUCAAAAAAGAAAUGUUGAAGUCUGAACACAAGGAUAAAAUUAUGGAGAAGUAUGGAAAUGCUGCGUCAGAAGAUACAAUGCCUCGGGAGUUGCUUCUUGGACAAAGUGAGAGGGAGAUUGAGUAUGACCGUACUGGUCGAAUAAUCAAAGGACAGGAUGUAUCUCUGCCCAAGAGCAAAUACGAAGAGGAUAUCUUCAUUAAUAAUCACACGACUGUGUGGGGUUCAUGGUGGAAAGACCAUCAAUGGGGCUACAAGUGCUGCAAGCAGACUAUCAAAAAUAGUUACUGCACAGGUUUGGCUGGUAUUGAGGCUGCGGAGGCAUCAGCAGACCUGAUGAAGGCCAACAUGGCCCGCAAGGAGGCUGCAGAAGAUGAACCUGUACAACAUGAAGAGAAGCGACUAGCCACUUGGGGAACUGAUGUGCCUCAGGAUCUUGUUCUUGAUAAGAAGCUGCUUGAGGAAUCUCUAAAGAAGGAGAAUGCAAGGAGGAAAGAGGAGAAGGAUGAAAGGAAGAGGAAGUAUAACGUGAAGUGGAAUGACGAGGUUACUGCGGAAGACAUGGAGGCCUACCGGAUGAAGAGGAUUCACCAUGACGAUCCUAUGAGAGAUUUUCUCAGCUAAGCGUGAAAACCUACACUCUGCUGUAUCGUGUAUCACUAGCACCUGCCUUGCAGCAAUGUUGUCGUGUAAUGUAAGCUGGCUAUGCCUUUCCCUAACCAGGGUGGCACUGUAACAUAGAACGUAACCUGGCUGUGCCUUUUUAUAAGCUUCGUGUCAAAAAUGUACGAUACUAUAAUUUCCGAUAUCAGAAUCAUUGUUUCAGUAAUGCAAGUAUCUGUGAUAGUGAUGUGAA